CCGCUCCGUGCUUUUGGGUGCGCCAUGUUGGCUAGCUUACAUGGGGAGUGGAGUUGGGCAAGCCGCUAGAAAAACCGAACCAGUUCCCGGACAUGAAGCACUUUCAGGGUAACAAGUAAAUCAGCGCGGUACGGUUUAUUUGUUACCUUGAACGCCGCCGUAUUUAAUUCGCUCGCCAUUUUUCCUGCGAAGAGGUUUUGGUCGGUGAAGUCCAAUGGAUCCCAGGACCGUUUGGAUCCAGCAGGAGCAGGACCGACCUGCCAACCCCCUGCGGAUGCACAUUUGGGAAAACUCUCAGGGAUAUGGAAGCAACUCCGGUAUCGACAACCACUUUCACCACCAACGGAACUUCGCAACGCAAUAUACAACAAACUCCUCGGACUUUAACGGCGAGUACUGUAAAAACGUAGCGGCGCCGACGGGGGUUGUGUUCGGGAAAGUGUCGAAGCGAGACGGCGGCGUAGAGAGGGGAAGUGUCCGGAGGAAGGGCUCCCUUUCGCCGUCCUCCUCAUCUCUGGACUCGGAGGCCGAAAGCUCGUCUCCCUCCGGUUCGUGUUUGCAGAUCGACAAUUUGAACGUAACGGAGGAGGCCAGCCGGUUUUUACACUACGACGAGCACGAGUUGAACGAGAACAAUCUGAGACAGCAACGUCCCCCUCCGCUUUUUCACACUGUUCAGCAACACUGUCGCAGCAUGCAACAAUCUGUGGGCCACACCCCCACCGGCAUGAAAAAUCAGCAUGGGAGCAAGCACCACCACCAUCAGUCCCAUUCAAGCGGCCGCAGGAGGCAUCUGAACAGGGCCAACACUUUCCACGGCAUCCACCCGCUCCUGUCAUACAGCUGCAAUGGCUACGUGGACUCAUGUAGUCUGUGGAAAAGCAGGAGAUACAGCCCAGGAGUGAACGGCCUUCAUGAAGAGAUUAUGGACUUUUUCAACUUCAUGUCACCACGACCAGAAGAGGAGGCAAUGAGGAGAGAUGUCGUGAACAGAAUAGAGAGUGUCAUAAUGGAGUUGUGGCCUACAGCAAGGGUGGAGAUAUUUGGCAGCUUCAGCACAGGACUCUAUUUGCCAACAAGUGACAUUGACCUUGUGGUGUUUGGAAAGUGGGACCAUCCCCCACUGCAGGAACUGGAACAAGCCCUGAAGAAACACAAUGUGGCCGGCCCACAUCCCAUCAAGGUCCUCGACAAAGCUACAGUGCCAAUCAUUAAGCUCACUGACCAUGAAACUGAGGUAAAAGUAGACAUCAGCUUCAACGUGGAGACAGCUGUCAAAGCUGCUCAGUUCAUCAAGAGCUACCUUAAAAAAUACACGGUUCUGCCCCCCCUCAUCUUUGUCCUGAAGCAGUUCCUACUGCAGAGGGAUCUGAAUGAAGUCUUCACUGGCGGCAUCAGCUCUUACAGCCUUAUACUCAUGGCCAUCAGUUUUCUGCAGCUGCAUCCUCGGAUCGACACACGACGUGCAAACAUCAACCUGGGCAUGCUGCUCAUCGAGUUCUUUCAGCUCUACGGUCAUGAUUUCAACUACUUUAAGACUGGCAUCAGGGUGAAGAAUGGAGGAGCGUACCUGUCCAAGGAGGAGAUGCUCAAAUCUUUAGGAAGCGGGAACAGGCCGUCGAUGCUCUGCAUAGAAGAUCCGAUACAGCCAGGAAAUGAUGUCGGUAGGAGUUCAUACGGUGUCCUGCAAGUGAAGCAGGUUUUUGACUUCGCCUACAUGGUGCUGAGCCACGGAGUGUCCCCUCUAGCACGAGCUUGCCCCAACAAAGAGUACGACAGUACGUUAGGACGCAUUAUCAAGGUUGGCGAGGAGGUGUUGGCCUACAGGGACUGGACAAUCAAGAAAUGGGGAGCGAAGCAAUAUGCUAAGCCAGAAAACCACGUUGUAGAUUUGGAAACCUGUGAGCAGGAUCUUGCUAGACUCAUGCUGGUUUCUGUGGAGGAUCAAAGAGACACCUCCUCCCCCCUCAGUGCUGACUCCCCCUCACCUUCUCCAGUCUUCCUCCCGAGUCCUCAACACCAUUCAUCUUCGUCGUCAGCAUGCUCGCUCUCCUCUUCUUCAGGGAGUGACAUCGAGUCUGAUUUACCUCCAAGCACUAAUGCUCCUAUCCAAGUCAACCCUCUCACCCUGGCCUCAGUCCAUUCAGUUUUCCAGUUGGCUACUGACCUGAGACCUGCACUUCCUGCUGGUUUUAUCCACACCACACCUCAGGUCCAGAUGCCCCUCCCUGAUAGCAUGACCCUCCCCUCUCUCUCUGAUUGCCAGUUCUACCAUGACAAUCCACCUUCCAUCAGUGUUGUGCACCGUCAUACAUCACAAGCUGCCCAAGCUCCUCAGCACACCAUCUCCACAAGCCCCCUACCGAGCCCCAUCCACCAGCUCCACCACGCUCAGGUAGGAGGGCAGCAGAGCAACAGCUACACCAUAAAAUCCAACUCUACUGGCUCAGCUGAGCCGCACAAAUUUGGCUUCAAGCACAACCACGGUGGUAACGUCAGAGGUCAAAAUUAUCCUCAAGGUAACUUCAGCCCCCAGCGACGGUUUGUUCCCCAGAGUCACAAUUCGGCUCCGGGUUUUAGGAACCAGCAGCAGCCGCAGUACAACCGCAACACCUGGCGGCGCAGAAAGAGGGACAAUCUUCAGACUCUCGACCAGAGUAGAUGAAAGGUUAAAGCAGCAUGAUUUUACCUUGUGAAAGACUUACCUAGGUCUACUAUGACUAUUACAGCUGAAGGUCUCAAGAACUGCAAGUUCAGUCUUGUGAGUGAUUCAUGAAACACCUGUUUUUGUUUUUGACUGAGCCUCGGAAGGCUUGACUUUCCCAGAAUACCCAAGUCAAUUCAGGUCAUUUCCCACUGUACAAGCUGAGAAUGGUAGAUUUUUGGCUAGCCACAUCCAAAGCACCUAGUGAUGUUACGAAGUUCCUGCAGGUCAAGGAUGUCUGCGAAAGGCCUCAUGUCCAAACUGUGAUUAUAUUGUAACAUCCGUGUCAGUUCACUGGCAGUCAGAACGUAAGCUCUUCCUUCACAUUUUGAUGCACACCAGCACAGACUUGAGUUGACUGUGGAAUUACUGUUUCCCAGACUGGGUCCCCUCACCAGUGUCACUUCCCAGCAGCUAAAAACAAACUGGCUGGUGGGCUCAAGAAUUGAGUCUCCAAGCAGCAUCAUGUGCCAUAGUCUUGAACAGGUUUAUCAACUUCCGCCUGAACUCUCUUGGCGUUGUGACUCUUGCUGGGUCUUUUUGAUCAGGUUUUGGGCUGACCUCGUCUUCUUACUUCAAAUCUCCAUUCGCUUUGUUCAUAAUCCAGCUUUGACUAUCAUCUACAACUGGUACCCUGGACUGAAGCAAAGCACUAACUUCCUACCUAUGCAGCGCAACGCUGACUUGGUGUAUUUAGGUGUGAUGGCACAAAACGGACCUUGUCUCAAGUGCUUAAACUGUGAUUACUUAUUUUGAAUGUACCAAGUGUUUAUUUUUGUAUGCGACUGUUCAUUUGUUUUUGUCACUAAGGGUUUUCUUGUUCACAUUGGCACUAUUUUGUUUUGUACCUUAGUUUGUUGCAUUUAUGUGCAAUAACAACUUGCUUUUAAUUUAUUUCACGUUUUAGUUUUAUUUUAGGGGUUCUCCCCACUAUUUUUCUUUAUUUUUAGACAUCAAACAGUGCAAUAGAUGGAUUGAAGGGCCUUGAAGAAAUGAUUGUGUGUGUACCGCUUUCUGACAGAAGGGGGAGCUAUGGUAUUGCAACAUGAGAAAUGUGCCAAAAAGCCCAUGAUGCCAACACUUUACUCGUGUUUAGUUUACCACUGCAUUAUCACUUGAAAUUUUUGCCUGUCCAAAUGUGUUUUUUUUUUUUUUUCCCCCCACCACCUGUUCUCAUUUGAAACACCACUCUAUUCAGUAGUUUGACUUUUACUUGGGUGUGAAUCCUCUUGGUAUUCUGUUGGCAGUAUUGAGGAGAUGCUCCCUUCGCAGUGUUUACGCAUGUCAUUACGAAAAUAGUUGGUGCUACUUAUUACCAGCAAAAGUGCUUGAUUUCUGCCUUAUAUCUACUUUAAUUCUGUUAGAGCAACAGCUUAACUGCCUUCUCAAAUGACCAAAUAUGCCCUUUUUUUCUGAUGUAACCAGAGCUUUGUGUUUGUUUGUCAGCACUGCCAGUUUUACCCCAAUGUUUCAUUUUUACAUGCAGCUUCUAGGUGUGGGCCUCAGUCAACGGCUCCUGUUGUUAGCUUUAGCAUCAUGUCACAUCUUCUAAGUGGACAUUUAGAAAUACCAAGAGGUCAGUGUCGUUUCACAGGGGGUUCCUCUCCCUCAUUCAAAGUCAGUAUUUCUAAGACAAGGUUCCAAAGCUGCACAGUUUUGCACAGCAAUCCAUUAAAGGACUUGAGCUUGGGACAUCAGAUUCACUAUUAAGGAAUUUUUUGGUUAAAGAUCUGUUCUUUAACAAAGCUAGAAUGUGAAGCCCUUUCAAGAGGCUGUGAUUGUUGUACCACCCUGUGAACCAAACUGAUUGGACUUGAUACUGCAUUAGCAUUAUCCCCUCGUUUUCAGUGCAGCUUUUUAUUAUGCCUCCUAGAGGAUAAUCGCUAUGUCGUUCUGCCAAGAACCAAAUCCCCAGCUCAUACAUGUCAUUAAGGAUGGGUUGUAACGUGUAAAUGACUAUAGAUGUGUACCUUGUUUUUUAUGUAAAUUUUUCUAUUUUUUUAAUAAACAUUUUAAAACUGGA